GGCCGGGCCGGGCGGGAAACAUUAGGCGAGCGGCCCCCGGGGUGGAGGUUCGUGCUGGCGGGGAGGGCCCUGAGGCGAGCUUUGCCCGGAUGAGGAACAAAGCGGUGGGGCAGACCUGCGCGCCCCCCGCGCGGCCGGGGCGGGGCGAGGGCGGCCUGCGGGCCCCAUGCCGGCGAGCGGGCGACUUGGCCCCCCUUGGGAGGCAGUGUCAGCAGGCCCGGGCUCUCUGGCGGCGAGGGGACGGGGGCUGCAUCCUUCCCGUGUUUUGGUGACCGACCUUGUCCUCCCCCUCAGGUUAGGUAGCCCCCCUCCCGAAGCUUCUGGAGGAAAGGCCCCGGGUGUCCCCCGGCAUGCCUUAUCUCGCGGCGGGGUGCGCGGCCGCCGGCCCUCGGGAGAAGUUGGGCUGCCCCGGGCGGCCCCGGGGACGAAUGGCCGCGUUUGUGCAGCGGUUGUAAGCAAGAUGCGGUAGCACGUGACCCUGGAACGCAAACCCUGAUGCCGGUUCUCCGCCACCCGUGUGCGCUUUUCUCUGACACUUGGCCCCCAGCAGAUGCAUCACAGGAUGAAUGAAAUGAACCUGAGCCCAGUGGGGAUGGAGCAGCUGACUUCAUCCUCUGUGAGCAAUGCCUUGCCAGUCUCAGGGAGUCACCUGGGGUUGGCUGCCUCACCCACUCACAAUGCCAUCCCGGCCCCAGGGCUGCCAGUGGCGAUUCCAAACCUGGGUCCCUCCCUGAGCUCUCUGCCUUCUGCUUUGUCUCUCAUGCUCCCAAUGGGUAUUGGGGAUCGAGGGGUGAUGUGUGGGUUACCUGAAAGAAACUACACCCUACCUCCACCACCUUACCCCCACCUUGAGAGCAGUUACUUCAGAACCAUUCUACCUGGCAUUUUAUCUUAUUUAGCUGACAGACCACCUCCUCAGUAUAUCCACCCUAACUCUAUAAAUGUUGAUGGUAAUACAGCAUUAUCUAUCACCAAUAACCCUUCAGCGCUAGAUCCCUAUCAGUCCAAUGGAAAUGUUGGAUUAGAACCAGGUAUUGUUUCAAUAGACUCUCGCUCUGUGAACCCACAUGGUGCCCAAAGCCUUCAUCCCACUGAUGGCCAUGAGGUGGCCUUGGACACAACAAUCACUAUGGAGAACGUCUCUAGGGUCACCAGCCCGAUCUCUACAGAUGGAAUGGCAGAAGAGCUUACCAUGGAUGGUGUUGCAGGCGAGCAUACCCAAAUCCCAAAUGGCUCCAGAAGUCAUGAACCUCUGUCUGUGGAUCCUGUGAGCAACAGCCUUGCAGCAGAAACUGUAGGACAUGGUGGUGUGAUACCCAUUCAUGGGAAUGGCCUGGAGCUCCCUGUGGUCAUGGAGACAGACCACAUUGCAAGUCGGGUCAACGGGAUGUCUGACAGUGCCCUCAGUGACUCCAUCCACACCGUGGCCAUGAGCACCAACUCUGUAAGCGUGGCACUCUCUACCUCACACAACCUCGCCUCCCUAGAAUCUGUUUCCCUCCAUGAAGUUGGCCUAAGCCUAGAACCUGUGGCUGUCUCCUCCAUCACCCAGGAGGUUGCUAUGGGGACAGGUCAUGUAGAUGUGUCUUCAGACAGUCUUUCUUUUGUACCACCUUCACUGCAAAUGGAAGACUCCAAUUCAAACAAGGAAAAUAUGGCAACCUUGUUUACAAUUUGGUGCACUCUCUGUGACCGAGCCUAUCCCUCAGACUGCCCAGAUCACGGACCAGUGACUUUUGUUCCUGACACUCCAAUAGAGAGCAGAGCGAGGCUUUCUCUCCCAAAACAGCUUGUUCUCCGCCAGUCAAUUGUGGGAGCAGAUGUUGUUCAUGUCCUUCCACUGAUAGGUGUAUGGACUGGAGAAACCAUUCCUGUGCGGACUUGCUUUGGGCCUCUUAUUGGCCAGCAAAGUCACUCCAUGGAAGUAGCAGAAUGGACAGACAAGGCGGUUAAUCAUAUCUGGAAGAUAUACCACAGUGGUGUCCUAGAAUUCUGCAUCAUUACAACAGACGAAAAUGAAUGUAAUUGGAUGAUGUUUGUGCGCAAAGCCAGGAAUCGGGAAGAGCAGAAUUUGGUGGCUUACCCCCAUGAUGGAAAAAUCUAUUUCUGCACCUCACAAGAUAUCCCUCCUGAAAAUGAACUGCUUUUUUAUUACAGCCGGGAUUAUGCUCAGCAGAUUGGUGUUCCUGAACACCCAGAUGUGCACCUCUGUAACUGUGGCAAGGAGUGCAGUUCCUAUACAGAGUUCAAAGCCCACCUGACCAGCCACAUCCAUAACCAUCUUCCUAGCCAGGGCCACAGCAGCAGCCAUGGGCCAAGCCACAGCAAAGAAAGGAAGUGGAAGUGCUCCAUGUGCCCCCAAGCUUUUAUCUCUCCUUCCAAACUUCAUGUUCACUUUAUGGGUCACAUGGGUAUGAAGCCCCACAAGUGUGAUUUCUGUAGCAAGGCUUUUAGUGAUCCCAGCAACCUGCGGACCCACCUCAAGAUACAUACGGACUUGUGACUUAAGCUCAUCCCAGAAUGGAUUGGAAUAUAACAACGUUAAGCUUGUUACUCUUGACUGCAGCUAACAAGUUUAAAGCACCACCUGCCUUAAUCUCUCCUGGCUGCUUGGGAAUUUAGGGUAGCUCUUGCUUCCCAGGAUUCCAGCAGGUACCUAGAGGGCAGAUAAAAGAGGGAGCAACCAGGCAGUAGGCACUGAUGGCGAGAAGAAAAGGAGAGAUGCCUGGGCCGCUGUCCAAGAAACUAGCUUUGAUGGAAGCUGGGGUAAGAGAUCUGGUGGUGGUUUCUUAGAGGUCUUUGUAGGUUUAGACAUGUCUCUGUCUCCAGUGAAGCCUCCAGCACCCAGACAAAGGGGAUCUGGGGGUGUAGCAAGCCAAGUAAUGCGUGCUGCGUUGUCUCCUGAUAACAAGGACAUGUGGACUCAGCUGGCAAAGUGGUACCUUGGCCCAUGGAAGGAAGGAGGGAAUGAUCCUAUCUGGCUUACCCUAUGAAAAGGAUCAAGACACCAUUAAAAUGUUGCCAACUCAGAAUGACAGAUGACACGUUGGUGCAUUUGCAAGGUUAGGCCUUCCCACUUGUCUGCAAUGAAGGACCUCAUCAGUUAAGCACGGUGGAUGCCAAAGGAUUUGGGAAGUGCAGAAGGUUAAAUGGUCACCACAAGGGUGUGUCUUCAGGGUCCCAGCUUAAUUCAUCUACCCAUCUGAUCUUUCACCUUGUCUCUCAUGCAUCUCCUGCUUUCAGCAAGAAGCAAACACAUCUUGAAGUUGACGGUUGAUGGAACAUGCUCUCCUGCUCUAAGGCACGACCUCUGGGCUGGAGUAGAGAGAACCUUGGUGGGAAGGUUUUGCUGCUAAUGUAUUUAUGGAAUGAAUGUAUUUCAUUCAAAUCUGUAUUCCUCUGGGAAGGAUUAAAAUAAAAACUUUUUAAAAAAUACGAUUCCUCUUGUAA